GCCAGGCAUUGACAUGCGCUAGCAUAUCCUUGCACAGACACAAUGAGUGAUUUUGAUGAUGACACGGCAUUUUUAGGAGAAUGGGGGCCAUAUCAAAAACUGAUGUUCAUUCUGCUGAGCCUCAGCAGUAUUCCCAAUGGAUAUGUGGGAAUGGCGAUGGUUUUCCUGGCAGAUAUUCCUCCUCACCACUGCAGGCUUCCAUCCCUGAACAGCAGCAGCUAUGGAGGACCCGGCUAUAAUCUGUCCCUCCCGACCGAGGAGGUGAAAGGACAGGUCAUACUAAGUCGCUGCAGACGCUACACUGAACAGGGGGCUUUGGAUGCCGAGUCUAACCAAAGCACAGAGUACUGUCUGGAUGGCUGGGUGUUCAGCAAGGAGAGAUACGUGUCCACCAUUGUGACUGAGUGGGAUCUGGUGUGUGAUGAUGAAUGGAAAACUCCUUUUACAGUUACCGUCUUCUUCUUUGGGGUGUUGGCAGGGUCGUUACUGUCAGGAAUUAUAUCAGACAGGUAUGGAAGGAAAUUCAUCUUCUUUGCCACAAUGGCAGUGCAAACUGUCUUUAGCUUAAUCCAGGCAGCUUCCAACAGCUGGGAGAUGUUCUGUGUGUUCUACUUCAUUGUCGGCCUGGGACAAAUAGCAAACUAUUGUGCAGCUUUCAUUCUUGGAUGUGAGCUAAUGAAUAAGUCAUGCCGUGUCGCCUUCGCUACUCUGGGUGUCAGCCUAUCGUACGCCUUUGGUUAUCUGUGCCUCCCUGUCUUUGCCUACUUCAUCCGGGACUGGAGACUGCUUACGGUGGCCUUGUCUGCUCCAGGAUUCCUGUACAUACCCUUGUGGUGGUUUGUCCCAGAGUCUCCCCGUUGGCUACUGUCUCAGGGUCGAGUGGAGGAGGCUGAGGCCAUCAUCAGAGUUGCUGCCAAGAAGAACGGCAUCACUCCUCCUGACGUCAUCUUCAAGAGAGAGGACACCGCACAGCUGAUGGAAAAGCAUGAUGGAGAUGAUCAGAAAAAUUAUACAUGGUUGGAUCUCAUAAGAACAACAAAUAUAAGAAAUAUCACAAUCCUGAAUAUAAUCAUUUGGUCAAUAGUAUCUCUGACUUACUACGGACUGUCGUUAAACACCCCUAAUAUGGAUGGAGAUCCUUACCUGAACUGUGUUUUUGCUGCUGGCACAGAGUUUGCUGGGUACACUCUGAUGUAUUUCGCUGGGCGUUAUGUUUCACGACGCCUGACACUGUCAUCCAGCAUAUUAUUCUGUGGGGUCAUGCUGCUCCUCAUAAAGAUCGUUCCAGAAGAACUGGGCGCUUUGAGUGUCACCUUGGCCAUGUUUGGAAAAAUCUCCAUGACGGGGGCCUUUGCUUUUGUCUAUCUCUAUGGUACUGAGCUGCUGCCCACCGUGGUGCGGAACAUGGGCCUGGGAGUGACCACUAUGGCCUCUCGAGUGGGCAGCACUUUAUCUGCACAGGUAGCCUACAUGGGGACAUAUGAUAAGGUGUUACCCUAUAUUCUUAUGGGAUGCAUUUCCAUAAUCUGUGGGAUUUUAAGUCUGCUAUUACCAGAGACAAAAGAUGAGCCACUUCCGGAACACAUCAGCCAAGUUAAACCUCUCCAGUGGUUUUGUAAGGUGAAGAAAUCAGAGGAAAGGAACAGAAAGGAAGAAAAUGGCUGUUCAAGCAGCAAAGUGGAGUUGUAACUUGACUUAACAAGUCAGCUAACUUAACUCUAAUUGUUUUGUUAGUAAUUAAGGCAAUCUAUUUGCAGAAAUGGAAAGGCUUCCAGUAAGUCACAUAAUUUGCUUAAGUAACUGCUAGUUUACAAAUUACUGCAUGGAAUGGGACCUAAUCAUCUAUCAGAUUUGCUUUAGCACACACCUUUCAGACCACCCAGGAGAAAUAGUUGUUUGUAAAAUCUGCUGUUAAAACUAAACAUGGUGAAGCAGCAACUUCCAGAUGACAUCAAAUGCCUCAACUGAAGCCAAAUGCUUCCUGUUAAAGUCUAGUGGGGCUACAUACAUAUCAAGUUGCAUUGUUUCAGUGUCCCUGACUGACCAAACGAUUCUGAAGGUGACAGAAGAAAACUCCUAUAUGAGUGUAUGUGGUGGUCAUAAUGAGUCUACUUUGUCUUUUAUGUUUUUAAGUUAUUCUAUUUGAUGUACUGUAUUUUGAAAUAAUUGUUAGCUUUUGCCCUUUUAUGCUUUUAUUUAAUUUUUUUGUUUUAAUGUAAAGCACAUGAGUUGCCCCUUUGUAUGAAAUGCACUAUAUAAAUAAAUGUGCCUUGCUUUGUCUUGCUAUA